AUUCUGUUUUCAAGGGCACUUAAUAGUAUUCCCUAAUGUGCCACUCCCCAAGUAUCACAUUGACAGUAAAAGCCCAGGGAAAAGGCCUUUAUGAUUUGUAUUACAGAAGCAUGUAUAAACACAUAUCAGAGCCUGCUCCACAGAGCUCAGCUGGUGGGUUUGUGUGAUGCUGAGGCAGAUGCCAUGUGCUGCAGCCAUGUUGUGUCUCAGCGGCCUGCACCAGCUGGGCCCAGCUUCCUUCAUCCCAUGCACCCUGGUAACUGCGAGCAGCUCUUGAGUUCAGCAUGUGGUAGGCACUGCUCGGUGACCCUGUGCACCAGGCACAGCUUGCCAAGGUGAUUAGUGGCUUGUGUAUGACUAACUGAGGCUAAAAGCUGGAAAUGGGGUGGGCAGGGAAGUGCCUCCCACCACCUUGCUCCGCAUACAUGUUCUCCAGACAGUUCUGGCCUCCAAGUCAGCUGCCAAUUUACAACUUUAGGCCCUAAUUAGCUCUCAGGGAUGUAUCAAUAAAAAGCCACGAUUCAGGUUUAUAGGUGGUAACGAGUGUUACUGUUCCUCCUCAGCAAAAUUUAUUCUCUGACAGUUUUUCCAUCCAGUCCUAAGGCACUUUUCUCUUACAGUGUAACUUAGUACUCCGCUCUGACCUCACUGCUGCUACUGUCACCUCCAUUUUGGGUCCAUGCACAGUUCCCUGAAGCUUUCCUGCCUGCUGUUUGUUCUCCUCCUCCCUUUCACCUGAACCACCUCCACAGACUGAAUGCUCUCAGAGGAAAUAGCCUUCCACCCCUCUCCUUUCACACCCCAGCAUGGGCUGUACUGAAUGCAAAGCCAUCUCGGGCCCAAGGCAAGUUUCUGUCAAAAAGCAGAUGCAGGUGUAGGCAAUACUGGUAUUAAAGUAACCUCCAGCAGGCCCCAAACCUUGCAGCAGGGAGAGAGUGAUCUUGGGCCUGUUUUCUCCCCACCUGUGGGUGUCAGCUGAAAGGGCUAUGCACCAGGCAGGGUGAGGUGGUUGUUACACUUCUACUUGGGCCUAGCAGAGAGGGGUUUGGCUUUAUUUAGUCUAGCGGAUAGGAAGAAGCAGCAGUAGCAUCAACACCACAACUGCUGGUGGUGAGAGGUCUCCAGCUGGGGCCUAGGCCUGUGGUGGAGUUCUGGGGCCCUCUGCCCCUGCAGUGGGCAGGCUGGUGUGGUGAGGGGGCCAGUGGCUGCUGUCCCUGCUGGUCCACCUCAGGGUGCCCUGGGCACAGCAGUCCCCAGCCCUGUUACACAUAAUGUCCCCUGCUUGAUCUUUCACUCCUGCUUUUCCAAUUCUCCUCCAUGUGUUCCCAGAAUAGAUCCUGACCUCACCCGGCUUACUUUCUGUUUGCUUUCCCUUUUCAUACAGUGCUGCCCCAGCUCUUCAUCCCCUGCCCAGAAAAAUAAGACAUAUGCUGGGGUGCUUUUGUUCCGUGUGCCCACUUAGUGUGUUAGAAGAGAGAUAAGGUGUUUGUUCUUCUAUGUUGUAAUCCGUUUGGUGCUGAUGCUUUCUUGCUCAUAUCCUAAGGUAACUCUGCCUCAGUGCUUUUUCUGAUUUUGUCUGGGAUUCUUUUGUGCAUCCCAAACUAAGCACGUUCUGCUAACCUGGUCAAAGAACCUAAAUUUUGAUCUGUUACAAUGAACUUACAGUGGAAUGGGAAAACGCGCCUUCAGGAACCACAAGUGACCUGAUCGGAAAGUAAGUGAGCUGGAGGCAGAAGUACUGAAUUUACAGGAAUAGAGUAGAUUAAGAUUAUAGCAAAUAAAAGCCUUUAAAAAUCAGAAUGGCCUUAACAUCAGUCUCUAAAGUAAUGGAUUAAUUAUUCCAGAGAGAUUGUGCUGUGUGUCCCUGUGCUAACAGGGCUUUUAUUUCUUCCCCCUGGAGAGGGGCAAGAAAGUGGUUGCUUAAAUCACUGUUGACAUACAGCAUAUGAAUUCCAGUUUUGAUUUUAUGAACAGCCUCUAUCAUCAUGUCUUCUGUGGACUGUCUCAUGCUCAUUGUGCUAUGGGGUUAGACACACUGUCACCAUCCCUAUAAAUAGCCUGCUUGGUUAUGAAGGACUAGUAGUAUUUCCUCUGGGAAGAAUAGGACUUUUGACUGGUGGCAUUUUAGGCAAGUUCUCUUUAAACCUUCUAGAGGAGAUAGGGUUUGGACAGUGAGAAACCUGAUAAAGAAAGCCAACAAUCAAGGUACUAAUUGUUGAAGUGCAGCCACCCAGUGAGUGUGGAGGGUCCACAGAGAAAAUUGAAGUUAGGAGGAGCAGGACAGUGGUGUGCUUUUAAAAAGAAAGGUCAGCUGCAGGGCUGGUAAGGAGCAAGAAAGCUGCCAUGCAGAGAAAGAGAAGCUCCCUGUGAUACAGCGGGAAGCAGAGCUGCUGCGCAAGACUGUUGCAGCGUUGGACAGGUCUGCUCCGCGCCCAAAAAAUGCUCAAGCGUAUUGGAGAAUGGGAGUUGCCUUUACAAGUUUCCCUCCACACCAGGGAAUCUGAAAAAAUGGGAUUUUUACAUCUCUCCAGCCAGCACUGAAAACGAAUGGGGAUUGAAUUGCUUUGCCUCUUUUUCUUAUUUCUGCAAAGAAAUAACGAUGUUCAAGGGACCUGUUCUCAGGAAAGCGCAGUGACUUGUGAAGAUUGUGUGCUUUCCGGACCACACUGCGCUUGGUGUUUCCAAGAGAAUUACACCGACUCAGCUGGAAUUCAUGGGAGGUGUGAUACCCCAGAAAACCUUUUAUCAAAAGGAUGCCAGUUGAAUUUCAUUGAAUUUCCCAUUUCAGAAGUGGAAAUUCACAGAAACAAGCCACUAACUAUAUCAACCCAGAAGAACAAUUCCGAUGUCACGCAGAUUUCUCCUCAAAAAUUAACUCUCAAACUGCGACCAGGACAUGAAGAAACAAUACAGAUCAAGGUUCGCCAAAGUGAAGAUUAUCCAAUUGAUCUCUAUUACCUCAUGGAUCUAUCAGCUUCCAUGGAUGAUGAUUUGAAUACAAUAAAAGAGUUAGGCUCAACUCUUUCCAAAGAAAUGUCAAAGCUGACAAGCAACUUCAGGCUGGGUUUUGGAUCUUUUGUUGAAAAACCAGUUUCACCAUUUAUCAAAACUACAGCUGAAGAAAUAAACAACCCUUGCAGAAGUGUACCAUAUGAGUGCUUACCCACCUUUGGAUACAAACAUGUUUUGUCACUAACAAAUGAUGCUGAAAGAUUCAAUGAAAUUGUGAAAGGACAGAGAAUCUCUGCUAAUAUAGAUACUCCAGAGGGAGGAUUUGAUGCAAUUAUGCAGGCAGCUGUUUGCAAGGAAAAAAUUGGAUGGAGGAAUGAUUCUCUGCAUUUGCUGGUGUUUGUGAGUGAUGCUGAUUCCCACUUCGGGAUGGACAGUAAGCUGGCAGGGAUUGUUAUUCCUAAUGAUGGAAACUGUCAUUUGGACCACAACAAUGAAUAUUCCAUGUCAACUGUUCUGGAGUAUCCCACAAUUGGACAAUUAAUUGACAAACUUGUGCAAAACAAUGUUUUAUUAAUUUUUGCAGUAACAAAUGAACAAGUUCACAUAUAUGAGAACUAUGCAAAGCUUAUUCCUGGAGCUACUGUUGGACGACUGCAGAAGGAUUCUGGAAAUAUUCUUCAGUUGAUAAUUGCUGCAUAUCAGGAGCUGAGGUCUGAAGUAGAGCUGGAGGUCUUUGGAGACACAGAAGGACUCAAUCUCUCUUUCACUGCAAUCUGUAACAAUGGGACCUUUUUUCCACAUCAGAGGAAGUGCUCUCAUGUGAAAGUGGGAGACACGGUCUCUUUCAACGUGAACAUAAGUCUAUCAGCUUGUGAAAAAAAUAGAAGGCACAUUGUGAUAAAACCUGUGGGUCUCAGUGAUACAUUGGAAAUUGAAAUCCAACCCCAAUGCAGCUGUAACUGUCAGGCCGAUGCUGAGAUGAACAGCUCAAAAUGCAGCAAGGGAAAAGGCUAUUUUGAGUGUGGAGUGUGCAUCUGCAACCCUGGGUACAUGGGUCCACACUGCGAGUGUGAUGAGAACUCCCUCAGCACAGGUUCUUGCAAGGGCUCUGUGGAGCAGAGCUCCUGCAGUGGGAGAGGUAACUGCUAUUGUGGGCAGUGCGUUUGCCACCCAUCAAUGUAUGGAAAAGUGUAUGGGCCACACUGUGAAUGCGAUGACUUCUCAUGUGUGAGACACAGAGGACUUCAGUGUGGAGGCAAUGGUGACUGUGACUGUGGGGAAUGCGUGUGCCACAGUGGAUGGACUGGUGAAUACUGUAAUUGCACAACUGACACUGGCUCCUGCAUUUCAGAGGAUGGGACACUGUGCAGUGGGAGAGGCGAAUGCAUCUGUGGGGUGUGUGCUUGCACACAUCCAGGGGCUUCAGGCCAAACAUGUGAAAAAUGCCCUCUGUGUGGUGACCCUUGCAGCUCUAGACGGAGCUGUGUGGAAUGUCAUUUGGCUUCUGAUGACAAGUCGCAGGGAGAAUGCAGUGAAAAAUGCAAAUCAGUUGAUGCAACUGUCAGCACUGCAGAGGAUUUUUCAGAGGAUAAAUCCAUUCCUUGCUCUUUGCAGGGGGAAAAUGAGUGUAUAACCACAUUUCUACUGGCUGUGGAUGAACAGGGAAGGACAGUCAUUCAUAGCAUAAAGCAGAAAGAUUGCCCACAGCUUCCAAAUAUCCCGAUGAUAAUGGUGGGUGUCACCCUUGCUAUCCUCCUGAUUGGCAUUGUUUUGCUUUGUAUAUGGAAAUUGCUGGUGUCAGUUCAAGACCGAAAAGAGGUGGCCAAGUUCGAAGCAGAAAAAUCAAAAGUUAAAUGGCACACGGAAACAAAUCCACUGUACAGAGGCUCAACAAGCACUUUUAAAAAUGUCACUUACAAGAACCAAGAAAAGCAAAAAGGAGCCACGGCUGCAGAUUUCUAUUAGCACUUUGGACACUACAAACUUAAUUUUACUGGCAGGAAAUCUAAAAACUCUAUUUGUUUCUUCUCAGCUGAUUAUGUGAUAUUUGUUCGCAUGUUGCAGUAGUAUAAUCAUUCUGUUAGAGAAAAUAUAUCUUAUGUUGGGAAAACUAUAGAUAGCACCAGUGGUAAAGGUUAACAGAAAUUAAAAACAAACAGCUUUGAUAUUAAACCACCCCCACCUUAGAAAAAUAACAUCACCAUUUUUAAUUUGCUCAUUACUACCGAGGAUUAAAAAUCAUCAAAGUAAGCUUAUUUUUGUGAAGUUAAGUGUAUAAAAUAAGCUGUAUACUACUUUGUUCACCCACAGAACCCAAAUGCGUUUGUGUUUAGGAAUGUAUUUAUACCAGUCUGUUUGGUGGGCUGGUUUAAAUUCAAUACCAUAAAUUUUUCAUCAAUGCUGCUUAAACUACUGUGGUUAGAGGUUCCUCAUAUCACCUGUUUGACUGAAUAGUUUUUCAUCAGAAACAACUACUGCUAUGGCCUACCUUCCAUGUAUCUAAGGUAUAGAGAUACCUCCUCUUUAAUUCUUCUUUCUUGUCCUGCUUUCCUCUUUCCUUGUCCUUGAAUUGGUUGCUGUUUGAUGUUCUUUAAGAAUCCUCCACUCCCUGAGGUUAUCUCAGGGAAAACUAAAUCAACCUCAUAUUCACUUGCAUAGUUGUUUUCUGUUCAGGUAUAAAGUUCUUUUUUCCCCCCUUUCCCUUAAAUUCCAGUAGAGAGGAUCAAGAGCAAAACAGAAAUAUUUUUAAAUGAGUGGCCCUGGUAGAGAAACUUUAAAUGAGAGGAUUACCAGAAUUCCCCCCCCCCCCCCAAGUCUUUUUACCAUUUAUCUCCUGUUUAGGCACUGAAAAUAAACCUCUCAUGCUGGACCAUUGCAUGAACUGUUGCACGAGCUCUUUAUGUGCAGGAAAAUUUCAUACAUCGAGACUUAGUGUCACACAAAAAGGCAGUAUUUUUUUGUUGAUAUAUCCUAAACUGGGAGGUUCUUUUAAUGCCCAGCAGCCAAACAUUUUAUUCAUGUGUGAAAUAAUUAAUUCAUCUCUUUUAGUCAUUUUUUUCAUACUAAGCAACAAAUAGAUCUAUGAAUUCCACUUGAUAUUCAUUUCUAUGACACUAAUGAGGAUUUUUAAAUCUCAGUUUUAACUAGUUACUAAUGGCUUACCAUAACUUCUUAAAUUGUAAUGUUGAUAUUGUGAAUAUCAUUAAGAAAAAAAAAUCCUCAACAAAAUCAACUAACAUGAUGGCAUAAAAAAGUUACAGUAUUGGGCUAUUUUAAGCUAACAAUAGUGUAGUUUACUUUUUAAUAUCACUUUUCCUCUGCAUUUUUAAUUAUCUGGAAUAGAUGGUCAAAAUGUACGUACAAACAUACUUACAGGAAAAGACUUAGAAAACACAGGUACAUUGAUACAGUCACAGACAAACAGUUAUGUACAUUCCCUAUGGUAAACUAUGUAUUUGAUCUAAAAACUUGUCCAUUUUGUAAUGAAUAUUUACAAAGUCUGUGCAACCUCAGUCUCUAUAUCCUCUGCCUCUACUGGAUAUGAGACUGAUAUAUCAGCUAGGUCUGACCCAUGCCUGUUUUAGGGCCUGAUCCAAAGCCUACUGGAGUCAAUGGCUACAGAUGAGGAUCUAGUUUCAGUGAAACUAUUAGUUUUGGUUUACAAAGAUUGUUUUGUUUAAACAAACCAGUUAAUACUGUCUAUUAGUGGAUUAGAACCUAUAGUAUAUAUUUCUGUGCAAAUAAACAAUAUCUGAUGCCUUUGGAAAGGAACUGAUGCUAUAAACAUGUAAGAAAUGAUUGCAGUGUGAAGGGAAUGAUGGCUGUCAUUAAACUGGAACAAGUUAAUUACAGGUUCACAUCUUUAGUCUUCAGUACUCUUGCAUAUCUCAAGGUGAAAAUGUGCAUGACAAAGACCUGCAUCUGCAGCCCUUCCAACCACUAAAGUCCUACAAAUGUCAGUGCAAGCUACAUGUGGUACCAAAUCCUACUUCCCUGGCACAUGGAUAAAAACCCAUUGCAGGUAAAGGUGGCACCUGAAGUCUGUCUCAAAUUCCAUUUGGGCCAGGAAUGCCCAAAGGACCAGGGAAACCUGGAUUUAGCCCAUGUGAAUUAUCUGUUACUCUUCUAUUUUUCAAAUAGAAGUCAUCUUUUUUCUAGAGGAAAUUAGUGUUUUGUUUUUUUUAAGUAUAAAAAAAAUCUUUACUCUUUAUUAAGUAUCUUUUAAGUUCUGCGUCUGAAAAGGCUGAUUUUGCAGCUCAGUAUGAGGGUUGAAAGCCCUUGUUCUGUAGGUCACCCAUUUCAACAUUGAACUACUUUUCAGUAUUCAGACAUUCUCAAGUGGUGUUCACGUUUCAUAUAAAAUGUUCAGUGGUCUAUGUUCCCUGUUCCUACAGGAGCUUUUAUUUCACAAAGCUACGCAGUCUGUUACCAUCACUUACAUCUUCUGCUCAUCAGCAAAGAUCUGAUUUGGUAUGGAGGCAGUGUUUACAUUCCAAUUAAUUCUCCUAGCAAUCUCUCUGCAAAUUAUCAAAAAUGAACAGAAAUUUAGGCAGUAUGUUCUUCAAUUUCCCUGCUGUAACUGAGUGCACUACAAAUGUGCUGUGCACCUUCAAAAUUUUCAGGAUGAAAAUCACUCAGAUAAUUAAGAAUUCAUCAGACAAGAGAAAAUAGAAGGGCUUAGUGAGAAAGAUUUCUGUUAUUGAGGGAUGAGCCAUUCUUUUAACAGCAUUAAUUUAGAUCAUAAAUUUUGACAAAAAAAGAAAACAACUAAAUUUCAGGAUCUUACUUUACAUUCACCCUAGAAAAAGAGUGGUGUUCAUAUCUUUUUAUAAAUUAUAUCAUUUUAUCUUGUAGUAUUUGUAUCAAAGUUCUCCUUUUCUUUUUCCUCCACCAAAUUCUGAGUGGGUUUGUGUGUGGUGAGUGGGAUGAAAAAGUCUUUCUGCUGUUUUCAUGAAUAUUGUUUUGACCUGGGGCUGGACCUUGAGAGUGGCCAAAACAUUUUUAAUAGAAAAUCUACUCACUGAAGAGUUAAACUAAAUAAAAACAAAAAUCAUUAGCAAUUUUGUUGUAUUGGUGUAUCUUUUGUAAAAUGGUAUUUUCAGUAAUGUAUAUUAAGUGGUUAAUUCUUCCUUUGAUUUAUAAAAGUUAAAUGUUAACCUGUAUUGUAUAUGUUCAGAUUGCAUUCAGCUUUGGUUUGUAAUAUAACUAGUGGGUAAUAAGUCGGGAUACAAGAGCAAAACGUCAAGUGCAAUAAUCUCCAUGUGUUGUCUAAUGUUAUACAGAAGUCCAGGUUUCUUUUGCAAUGGGUGUAAGGGAUUUAUUGCCCCACAGUACUUAUCACACACAAUCUAAAAGUAAAUAAGAGGUAUUUUUUAUCUUGGUCUAUUUGCAAAAAACAGGUAAAUGCCUCAACUUCUUUCUGUAAAAGAAGGAUUAUUAAACCUUCAAUAAAGAUUACAAAAUAUAA